AUGGCUGACUUCAAUACAGCUGAAUCAGAAGGGCCCAUUGUUCUUCCUCCUCUACCACCAGGGGAUACAUUUGUGGUGACCAACACUUCAGAAGAUCUGCAUAGUCACAUGGCUAAAUUGAGAAUUGUCUGUAAGAGUUGCCUAAGGCGACCGGAGUUGGAUAUGGAUGUCAUAGGUUUGAGAGUCUUCCUUCUAUCAUUAACCGGUGAUUCUGCGGUGUGUUCAUGGGAUAGGUUCACUGUGUUCAUCAGAAGUGUUCCGAAUCACCGUAUAGAUGAUGAGUCAUUGAAGGAGUAUUUCUACAGAGGGCAAGAUGAAAAUGGAAAAUCUGUUCUAGUUACUAUUGCUGAAGGAUCAUAUGGUGAGUGCACUUUUGAGGAGAUCGCUGAGAAACUGGAGAAGAUUUCCCAAAAUAAUAAGGCAUGGAGCAUUAGAAAAGCUAAUACUGGAAGAAGAACAUUCGUCGUUCAAGCUGCACUAGAUCAAUCUAUUGAUGACAUUCGUGAGGAGAUAGCUCAGAUGAGGACAAAACUUGGGUUGGUAUUGAAGCAUGUGAGCGGAAAUGCAGAAAAGGUGAAUAUGAGCUACUAUCAUGAUAACGACUACAAUCGGAACAACUAUGGAAACAAAAAUAAGAGAGUUAGGCCCUACGUUCCACCUGGGAAUAGGGAAUUUGGUAAUACAGAGGAUGGGGGUAGUAUGUCACACAUUAAGGAUAUGAUGCAAAAGAUGAUUAAGAGGUUUGAUGCAACUGAUGAGAAUGUGAAAGAGAUGCAAAAUGACUUGUCUGGAAUCAGUCAAAAAGUUGAUACCCAUGCAGUGUCGAUCAAGCAACUUCAACAGCAGUUUAGUCAGUUGUCCACUACUGUGAACCCACGUAAACAGACCAUUGAUCCCCCUAUGUUGUUUGAGGUUGAAAUUGUGGUAGAAAGAAAUGAAGAUGAGACUGAGGUUCCUGGAGAGUCUAAAAAUGCUACAGGGAAGGAAGCCGAGGUGAAGAAGACAGAAGAAGGAAAAUACCCCAAGUUCAUAACUAUGUUGAAACAAUUUUCCAUCAAUGUUCCGUUGAUAGAAGCUUUGGAGAAAAUGCCUGGUGCUAUUGCUACUAGGGCACUUGUGCAAAAGAAAGAGGAUCCUGGAGCUUUCACUAUUCCUUGUACCAUCGGUUUGUUGCACUUUGAGAAGGCUUUGUGUGAUUUGGGUGCCAUCAUUAAUUUGAUGUCAUUGUCGAUCUACAAGAAGUUGGGUUUAGGGGCUCCAAAACGGAUUGCGAUGCGUCUACUUAUGGCCGAUAGAACUAUGAAGAAGCUCAUUGGUGUUCUCCAAGAUGUGUUUGUUAAAGUGGAGUCGUUCAUUUUUUUGGCGGAUUUUGUGAGACUUGAUUGUGAGGUUGAUUUUGAGAUUCCCAUCAUCCUAGGGAUACCAUUCCUUACUACUGGGCGUGCCUUAAUCGAUAUGGAGAGAAGGUAG